AUGCAUGGGAUAAAACGGGUUAAGCAAACUCCCGAGGCCCUCGAGGCCAGGAAACAGAAAGAACGAGCCAAGAUCCAAGAGUUUACGGCACUUUCAGAGGACUUGUUGCGCAGGAAAAAAGAAUCAGACUACUCUGAAGAUGCUUUUAAAUUGACGACCAGAUUGCUUCAUAUCAACCCCGAAUUCUACACCAUCUGGAAUUAUAGGAGGAAUAUCUUGCUCAAGGGCUUAUUCACGGUUAGAAUCCUUACCGACGAAUUAGGGAUGACCAUGGCGGCGCUCAAAUCACAUCCUAAAGUAUACUGGAUCUGGAACCACCGAAGAUGGUGCCUCGAGAACAUCCCUUUCGGGCCUGGAGAGGAAGGCACACCUUCUCACAAUGACUGGAGGAAUACAGCCUGGAAUAACGAACUGUACGUCGUGGAGAAGCUACUCGACGCCGAUGCGCGUAACUUCCAUGCCUGGGACUACCGACGCUACGUCUUGGCCAGUAUGCCAGUCCCUCGGCCCGAACUCAGUGAAUUAGGAUACACCUCUCGCAAAAUAGGCGCCAACUUUUCCAACUUCAGCGCCUGGCACCAGAGAUCCAAGGUUCUGCCAAGGCUUUGGGAAGCAGGUACUUUGGACGAAAAGACGUCCAGAGAAUCAGAAUUCGAAUUGGUGCGGAAUGCGAUGUAUACAGAACCAGCAGAUCAGAGUGUAUGGGUUUAUCAUCGGUGGUUGGUUGGAUCAAAUCCGGACAAAGUUUUACUGCUGCGAGAGAUAGAAGCGAUCAACGAGCUUCUGGAGGAACAGCCUGAUAGUAAAUGGUGUAUGGAAUCUACGGUCCACUAUUCACGGCUGUUCAUCAAGCUGUAUCCGUCCGAUCCCGCGGCUGCUGGCCUCUUUAAGAAGUGUCAGAAGUAUCUUAAGGAACUUGAGGUACUGGAUCCAUACCGAGCGCAGCGCUAUCGUGACUUAGCCUCUACCAUGUAA